ACAGUGUGGCGUGCGAUCGAUGAGUGGCACUCGGUUCUAUCGGAGCUCGAAGCAGAGGUGCAGGAGCUGGCACAGCAGGAUCCCGAGCAGGCUCAGCAGCUGAUGGAGAAUCUCAUGGAACCACUCCAGCUAUACCAGCAUGUCUCGCACACAGCAGAGCGCAGAACCAUCCUCCUCAACAAGAUUCCUGACUGCCUGGACGAGUAUAAACAGAUCACUGACUCGACAGAAGCAUGGAACAAUAAUGCCAAGAGUCUGCUCUCCAGUAAAAUGGACUACACAUCAGCCAAGACAGUGAAGAAACAGCUCCUAGCUUUACAGGUGCUGGCUCAGAGCGGCAAACAGAAGCAGCACGGUCUGCGAGACGUUGUGUCCAGACUGAAGGAGCUGUCUGUGCUGUACCAGACCGAGGAGAUUAUGGAGCGACUCAAUGAGCUCCAGAAAGGGACUUCCACCCUGCAACAAAAGAUUGACGUGCACCUCGCAGAGUUAGAACACGUAGCGACG